AUGAAAACAUUGACUCUAUAUAACUUUAAUACAAGUUAUUCAUUUGGUAUUAAAGAACCUGUUGCUGAAAAGGAUGCAACCGUAGCACAGAGAUUAACAAGAAUGAAAGAAACAUUUGAUAAAGAAGGUACUAGAAAGACUGUCGAAUCGAUCAUCAUUGUUCAUGAACACAACCAUCCUCAUAUACUAUUGUUACAAAUGUCAAAUUCUUAUUUUAAAUUACCAGGAGGUAAAUUAAAACCUGGAGAAAAUGAAGUUGAUGGUUUAAUAAGAAAAUUAACAAAGAAACUUUCACCAAUUGGAACUGCACCAGAUGAUUCACCUUGGGAAAUUGGAGAAUUGGUAUCAACUUGGUGGAGACCAAGUUUUGAACAACACACAUUUUAUCCAUAUAUACCUCCACAUAUUUCAAAACCAAAAGAAUGUAAAAAAUUAUAUGUUGUAACACUUCCAGAAAAAUGUACAUUUGCAGUUCCCCAAAAUCUAAAAUUAAUAGCCGUUCCUCUUUUCGAACUUUAUAAUAAUCAACAACGAUAUGGAUCAGUAAUAUCUAGUAUUCCACAAUUAAUUAGUAAAUAUCGUUAUGUUUAUCUAUCUUUGGAUGAAAAAUAA